AUGGCAACCGGCACAUCUCGAGCGGAGAACGAGUUCAGUCCUCUCAUCUCCCAUCUUCAGGGCUUAGUGGAUCCCUCGGAUCUGAACAGCCACCCGAUUUCAACGUCAAGUCGGGAUUCACCACCAGUCACCACAGAAGGGGAUGUUUUCUCCUUCCACCAGUGUAUAGGGUGGCAUGCUACACCACCAAACAGAGAGAAUGUCGAAAGCGUACAGCAGUUCGUUGCAAACCAGCCAGUUCUAGCGACCCCCAAGCACUUUGUGCCAGAGAACAAUUUUCAAAACCAGUCGGGCACCAACCACUCUGCUCGUGGACGCCCACGGCUAGAUAUCCUUAACUCUCAGUGCCCACCCAAAAGUGGCAUGACACCUGCCGGAAGCACGCCAGGAAUGUCGGUAUCCGAGAGAAACCUACCAAAUCAACAGUCUCACCUAUCAAGACCCCCCUCAUUACACCCAUCGGAAGGAUACAUGCAAGACCGCACCGGCGGCGCCUCGCCCCCCAAUAGAAGCACACCCCAGCGCCAAUUUUCGAACGCCACAUAUUCACACCGAUUUAUGGAUACGCAAGGAAAUCCCAACUACCGGACUCCCACAUACAUGAAUCUCCAUGAGGCUGCGGAUCCACCACGUCUCCGGACACAGUCAUCAAACGGGUCUUCGAGGGAUGGGACAGUCGACUCUGGGACUACAACGCCUCUGACCGAGCCAGAGCUCCCUUGGCGCCAUCUCAUUCAUACUUGCUGCGAGGUCGGACACGUGGGCGUGGUUGAGGAGUUGAUCGAGGCGGGGCUAGACAUUAACAAACGGGAUUCUGCGGGGAACACCCCCAUACAUGUGGCUGCUGAUUUUGGCCAUGAGGAAGUAAUGACAUAUUUGCUGAGUAAGGGAUGUGAUCUGAAUGCCGUGAAUAAUGGUGGCUGGACGGCUGCUCACCUGGCUUCUGUCUGGGCAUUCCUGAGUACUACCGAGAUUGCGAAAGGCAACAAGGAUUUUUAUCCACACGCAUUCUGGAUUUUCCAUUGUACUACAAUUUCCAGUGAACCACCAACCCCCCUUGCUCUCAUGGCUGUCAUUGCAGUAGCGGGCGGCAACGGCAACGUUGCGCCUCACAUCAUUGACGCACUAAUCUCACGGAACCGCCACAGAAUAGUGGUGCUUUCUCGAAAGCCCCCACCAGAAUCACUCACACUGGGCCUUUCCGAACACAAGCAAGUUGACUACCACGAUUUAGACGGCUUGUGCGCCGCUCUCAAGGGUGUCAAUGUUGUUCUAUCCUUCAUUUUACCAUUCGGUGACAAGGAUAAUCUCGCUCAAAAGACAUUGAUUGACGCAUGCAUCAAAGUUGGUGUUCGGAGGUUUGCACCAUCAGAAUGGGCAGUUACCUCCAGUACCUCUAAUCCGUUCUAUGAAUCGCGUUCUCAAGUCCGAAAAUACCUUGAGUCAGUUAACACUCCCGCACUACAGCUGGAAUAUACCUGUUUCCAGCCCGGCCUUUUUCUGGACUACUUCACCUACCCGAUGCAAUCCACAAAACAUCUCAAAAUCACACAGCAUUAUACCGACUUUGAGACACGGCAGGCAAUUUUGGUUGACGAUGGGGAACAACCAGUGACUUUCACUCUGAUUGAUGACUUGGCUCAAGUUGUUGCCGAGGCUAUCGAUUACGAAGGUGUCUGGCCUCCAAAUGGAGGAGUUGCUGGGUGGCAAACAACCUCGGCGGAGCUUGUACGUAUUGGAGAGAGCCUUCGUGGGAAAUUUAUCAUCCACCGCAUAAGCAAGGCCGAUCUCGAUGCUGGAAAUUUUACAUCGCCCUGGUGUCCGAUUCUUGCGCAUCCUUCUAUUCCGAAGGACCAGCUAGAGUUAAUGAGUCGCAAGAUUAAUCUAGAGGCUUUGAAGGGCAUUUCAAGGGCCGAAUGGGUCAUGACAGAAGAUUGGAAUUCGCUUCUCCCUGCAUUUUCCUUUACCAAUCCACGUGAAUUUUUGGAAGAGUGGUGGAAAGGCAGGAUCUGA